ACUCAGUCUUCUAGCUACGUUCCGCUGGGUGUUCAGCAUUGUAUUCAUGGACUUGCGGCUUUGCCAUCAUGGGUACCAUAUUUGUUUUCAGAUUGCUGUGCGCUUCCUCUGCUUCAGCCUGUGAUUGGACGGUGGGAGGGCCAAUGGUCGGUGGAGCAGCAGGACGUACCAGGAACAAACUCAUCGACUUUACGGAACCGCUUGACUCAGAGGAUGGCUUGACGUCGACUCCACAAACUGCUGACGCACUUGUCCCUCUGAGAAUGAACCAAGUUACCAAGUUGGAGGACAACAUCAGGGCAGAGACGGCGAGAAGAUCCUACUAUGAUGAUUUGACUCAAGCCAGUUUGGCAGAAGCUCCCAACACUGACCUCUUGCACUGUCAGGACACUUCCGAGAGCUCUGCUUUUAAAUGCAGGCGAUAUGGGUCUCGACUGGGUGGGGUGAAAGUUCGCCACAAAAGGCAGGUGUUGCAGGACAUGGCCCGUCCACUGAAACACUGGCUCUACAAACACCGUGACAACCCGUAUCCCACCAAGACUGAGAAGGUCCUCUUGGCCCUGGGGUCACACAUGACGCUGGUGCAGGUUUCAAAUUGGUUUGCCAACGCCAGGCGCAGGCUGAAGAACACAGUGAGACAACCGGACCUGAGCUGGGCCCUCAGGAUCAAGCUGUACAAUAAGUACAUCCAGGGGAACGCAGAGAGGCUGAGCGUGUGCAGCGACACCGCUGAGUCAGAAGAUGAGGAGUGUGCCUUACACACGCCCUUGUGCCAAACCGACUUCGGCAGAUCCUCUCCCCACAAGCUCAACGCGCAGAGCGCCGUCCUCACCGUAGCUGGCUCGGCCAACAGCGACGACAGCUCGGCGCCUCCGUCCAAAUACAAGAGCAGUUUGCUGAAUCGCUAUCUGAACGACACUCUUCGGCACAUGAUGGCGGCGAAGCCCGACACCGUCGCCUCGGCUCGCACCAGGACCCACUCCGAGUCCUUCAGCUCCAAUGAAUGUGAAAGAGACGUGGUGUCGCCGGCGUCGUCCAACGACACAGAGGCCAACUUCGUCUACCAGAUGGAGACAGUGGGGAAUGCCAGUAAAUAUCACAGUGACCAGCAGCGGCGACGAGACCCCCAGGGUUGGAGGGAGAUCAAUGCUGCAGUGGCACUGACCGACUUGGCGCAGGGGAACAGUGGCGUAACCGAAGCCCACACACCCUCCAUAGAGCGGAAGUGCAGUCGACAGCUGAUCCCUCUUAAAGGGACCAAAGCCGGAGACAGGAUACACAGGGACCGACACGUCACCAGCCGCAUCAUCCAGAAGUCCUCUCACAUCGCUGAGGUGCAGACUGUGUGUUCCAGCCCUGUGUAGUAUCAUCUCACUCAUAGCCAGAACAUAAGCAGAUGCCUAUUUUAGACUUGUUCUCAACAAGCAUUCUUUUGUUUUUAUGAAUUCUGAGACUGGAUUAUCAUCCUAUGUUUGAAUCUGACAGCAGCUUUU